AUGAAAGCCGUUGUUGGUAUUUUUGUGUUAAAUAUUUUUUGUUUUUUUAACGUGGAAGGAAUGGAUUUGGGGGACUUGAUACCUUUGUGUUCGGCAAACGAUCCCGAAUUGAAUACCUGCGUGAAAAAUUCAGCACAAAAACUCAUACCGCAAAUAGUUAAAGGAGUUCCUCUAUUGAAAAUUCCGCCAUUGGAUCCGAUGAUUUCACCGGAAGUUAAAAUGUCGGAAAAUAAUGAAAAAAUACAAAUCGACGUUUCGUAUAAAAACGUCGAACAAUUGGGAUUUUCUAAAACUCAAAUCGAUGACGUUUCAGUCGAUUUGAAAAAUGGUUUCAUGAUAUUCAACGCAAGUUUUCCAGUUUUUAGUUUUGCCGGAGAUUACGUCGCAAAAGGUCACAUAUUCAAUUAUCAAAUGAACGGAGAAGGAAAAGCGAAUCUCACACUACAAAAUGCAAAAUGCGAUUUGAUAAUCAAUUUCCACGUGGAAAACGAUCGGAUAAAAGAAGAUUCCGUUGUAUUUCAUUACAAAUUCCACGACGUUUAUAUCGACUAUGAUCACGUGUCAUUUACCGGUGACGAAAAAUUGGCGAAAACAACGGCUGAAUUCAUAAACGAAAAUGGUGUUGAAAUAAUGAACGGAUUCAAACCUUCACUCGAUAGAUAUUAUGGAAAUUUGUUCCGGGAAUAUUUACGUGGAUUUUUCGAAGCUUUCCCAUAUAGUAUCCUGUUCCAAGAAUCCUAA